AUGGGGGAUUCCCCGGGCGCCGUCGCCGACCUCCUCGGCACCCCUUCCGAGCGAAUCAGCGUGGAGGUCCGGGAGCUCGUGGCGCGCGCGCAGAUCGAGGUCCGCCGGACCCGGGAAAGCCUUCUAAAUUAUCUUUCCGCGCAUAAACCAACCGCCCCGACGGACCCCACGGCCGGCCUCGCGCGAGAGGAAGACGAGGAGGCGGAAAAACAGGAGGAAAUGGCGCGCUGGCGGCGGCUCGAGGAAGGGGAGGAGGGGGAGACGCCGUCGCCGGACUCCCCCGCGGGCGUCCGCGCGCGGCUGCGGGAGAACGCCGGCCGCAUUCUUCGCCGCCUGCAGGGCUACGACCGACGCGAUCACGGGGUGCUCCCGAUGGAAGGGAUUCUUUCCGUGAUUUACCGCAUUCUUCACCCGCGUGAGGCCGUGCCGGGGCGGGCGCUCUCGCCCGGGGGCGUUUGCGCGUGUGGGCAUCGUGCGGGGCUUCCGGAGACGCCUCUGCCGCCUUCGCGUUUUCGUCAUCGCGAGCCGUGGCGGGAAACGCAGCGAAAGCGACCUCGCGGGGAAGCGGCGGCGGGCUGUUCCGCCACCCGGCCCUCCCCGACGCGGACGUUGGAGCGGGUGAUGGCGCGCUGCGCGGACCCCGUGGAAGGGGCGAUGCUCGACUUCUACACGGUCUUUUUACGGGUCUUUCAGGAGGUCUUCGGGGAGCGCUACGCGUGGCGGCAUCUGGGCGUCACGAACGCCAGCCGCCACGACGCCAGGGCGCUUCCGGGCCAAAAAGGAAAGGCGAUGGGCCGGGGGGCUGGCACCAACGAAAGGGAAGAGAUCGUGGACUUGAACGACAUCGAGGGCCCACUCGAGGAGGUUUUCCCGAGGCUGCGGCAGCACUAUGCGUUCGAGAAGGAUAGUGCGGGGAGGGCCGUGGACUCGCGACGACCGCCUCCUCUGGAUGCACUGGUGUAUUACAAACGCUUAGUCGCAAGCCUAGAGGAGCUCUGA